AUGUCGGCAUGUCUUUCCAAAGAGGGGGUGGCAAUCGUUGUUCCAUAUCGGAACAGAGAGGAGCAAUUGAGGGUCUUUAUUAAAGAAAUAGUUCCCUUCUUACAGCGCCAGAAUAUUUCUUUUCAUAUCUUCAUUAUUGAACAGAGUCAGAAAGCAGGGUUUAAUCGCGCAAAGCUGUUCAACAUUGGAUACAAAGAGUCAAAGUCAGUUGGCAACUUUAGCUGCUUCAUUUUCCACGAUGUUGACCUUAUCCCUACAUCUCCGGACAACUACUAUUGCUGUGCAAGUAACCCUAAACACAUGUCCGUCGGUAACGAAAAAUUCAAUUUCAAUUUGCCAUAUGGCGACUACGUGGGAGGUGUUUUAGCGAUGACAACGGAGAGUUUCCUGAAAACAAACGGUUUCUCAAAUGCUUAUUUUGGCUGGGGAGGGGAGGACGAUGAAAUGAAUCUGUUUGCCUCAAGAAAUAACAAUGCAAAGUAUCAACUCUCAGACCACUAUGAUUUGACAAAGAAUGCCGCGAUUAUAAACGGUUGA